UUGAGGAGGAGAAGGCUGACACUGCCAAGCGCCUUGUCACAGGGAAGUUACCUCGCCUUGCCCUCGCACGCCUCACCGGAAGUUCCCACCCAACCCUGCGGACGCAUCCGCCGCCGCCGCCGCCGCCGCCGCCUAUCUUCUCCCCUUCCUCCAAGGAUGGGGUCAGCAUCCAAGGGGACGGCGCCGGGGUGCACCGCGGAGAAGGUGACGGUGUCGCGGUGCUCCACGCACAAGGAGAAGGGGACGCACAUCUUCGAGAUCGCCGGGUACAGCCUCAAGAAGGGCAUGGGCGCCGACAAGUUCGUCCGGUCGGCCACCUUCACCGUCGGCGGCUACGACUGGUCCAUCAGAUUCUACCCCGACGGGACCGCCGAGUCCACCGAAGGGUGUAUGGCGCUCAGCCUCGAGCUCAUGAGCCCCAACGCCGAGGCCCGGGCCAUCUUUGAUUUUGGGAUCGCCAAGCACAGUUCAGGGCUGCUUAGCACGACCUUCACCCAGCAGACCAAGACCUUCAGCUCCAGGACCAAGAGCACUCGUCAGUUCACCCUCUACAUAGUCAGAAGCAGCUACGAGACCAAAGCAACAACGUACCUUCCCAACGAUCUCCUCCUCAUCAAAUGCGAGAUCGGGGUGAUCAAAGAAUCUCAGCUGAACGGGACCGUGGGGAGGUCCGAGAUCGAGGUGCCGCCGCCGGACAUCUUUGACCACCUCGCUAAGCUGCUGGAGGCUAAGGAGGAGGCAGACGUCACUUUCAGCGUUGGAGGGGAGACCUUCGUGGCGCACAAGAUCGUGCUCGCCAUGCGCUCGCCGGUCUUCAAGGCGGAGCUCUUCGGGCCGAUGAGGGAGACGAGGACGAGCCGUCCUGUGACCGUAGAAGACAUGCAGCCUGCCGUUUUCAAGGCCUUUCUGCAUUUCAUCUACACGGAUUCCUUGCCUGACCUGGAUGAUCUUCAAGGUGAUGAUAAGUACGAGAUGAUCCGGCAUUUACUGGUCGCUGCAGACAGGUACGCCAUGGACAGGCUGAAGAUGCUAUGCCAAAGCAUCCUUGGCAAGAAUCUUGAUGUGAACAACGUGGCAACUACACUGGCUCUAGCUGAUCAGCAUAACUGCGACAAGCUUAAGGAUGUUUGCGUUGAAUUCCUCGCCUCUUCAGAUAAGAUGGAUGAUGUGGCGGCAACCCAAGGUUAUGAAAGUCUCAAAAGAUCUUGCCCCUCUGUCUUAAUAGAUGCUUUGGAGAAGAGAAGAAGGACUCGUGAAGCAUAGAUGAGCACUAGGCGUUUUGCAAGCUAAAAGAAACCUCAUAAGCUCGCUCAACUUGUUGAAACUUAUUUUCUGCAUCAGCAUCACCUUUAUUUGUAUCGUUUUCGAAAUGAAUGGAUGGAUGGAGCUUCUUUGCAAAGCCUUUAGGAGAAA